GGAGCUCUGCCACAAUCAUCUCCCGGCGCGGCCGCUCCAGCAGCACAUUGCAAGUAUGGCCGGGGACAGUGAGACACAUCUAAGGGACCCCGAUGAAAACACCGACGUUAUUCGACAACCCUUUCUCAUCGGUGUCUCCGGAGGCACCGCUAGCGGCAAGUCGUCGGUGUGCGAGAAGAUCAUGGAGCUGCUGGGGCAGAACAAGAUCGACCAUCACCAACGGCAGGUGGUGAUCCUCAGUCAGGACAGCUUCUACAAGGUGCUGACGCCGGAGCAGAAGGCCAAAGCCCAAAAGGGACAGUUUAACUUCGAUCAUCCAGAUGCCUUUGACAGUGAGUUGAUCAUGCAAACGCUCAGAAAGAUCCUGCAAGGAGAGACUGUGCAGAUCCCAGUUUAUGACUUUGUCACUCAUUCCAGGAAAGAAGAGUUUGUUACAGUCUAUCCAGCUGAUGUAGUUCUUUUUGAGGGUAUCCUCAUGUUCUACUCACAAGAGAUCAGAGAUUUGUUCCAGAUGAAGCUGUUUGUCGACACAGACCCAGACACGCGUCUCUCUCGCAGAGUUCUAAGGGACAUCAGUGAGCGUGGGAGGGAACUGGAGCAAGUCCUGACUCAGUACAUCACUUUUGUGAAACCAGCUUUUGAGGAAUUCUGCUUGCCUACAAAGAAGUAUGCAGAUGUGAUAAUUCCAAGGGGAGCAGACAACCUUGUGGCCAUAAACUUGAUAGUACAGCACAUCCAAGACAUUCUGAACGGUGGGCUGAGCAAGCGGCACAACGGCUGUGUAAACGGCCACAGCACUCCACGUCAGCGGCGGACCUCAGAAUCCAGCAGCCGGCCUCAUUGACCUUGUCACACCUCUCUUCACAGGGCGGAGAGGGGUGUGGGGUUUGCGCUGUAAAUACUGCCUAUUGGCAUCACUGUAUUUAAGAGAAGAGAUGCAGAAAGAAUUGAAAUGCCUUUUAUGACUACUCUUACUUUCCUUGUAAUUGGGAUUGAAAUUUUUGUCAAGAAGGUAAGAGAAUCGCGUUCAUGCGUUAAAGACCAUGGGUUAAAGUUGUCCCCUCCCAAAUUAUUUGUGUUGUUUUGGGGUUUUUGUGUAUCUCCUGCUGCUCCAUGGGAACUCAUGCUGACAAUGAAUAAAAGUGGGGAAACUUUAUUAUUUUGUCUGAUAAAACUUGAAUCCCGAAUGAAUGGGAAAUUUGAAAAACGUUGGAGUGGGUUCCAAACAAGAAUGAUGUGGUUUAAAAAACAAAUGUAUAAGAAGCCAGGAUUGCACUCUGUGUUAGAACCGACAAUCUGGAGUGUUUUCUGCCCUUGUUUUUCCCUCAUUGUGCUGUUUAGUGUGUAAUACUUGAACUGUGAUUACUGCACAAUCUUUAUGCCUGCAGCAGCAGAAACGCACUACAAGGAUUCUGUAUUCGUGACAACCAAUAACUGCAACAAUGAAGCCAAAGGCUCUGCUGAAAACUGUAUUAUUUCAUAUCAGUGUUGUGGGUGUUGUUACACUUCAGGAUGCUUCUACUGUUUCAGUUGCGUCAUUUAAUUUUUUUUCGGACCUUUGGCACGGGUCUCGUAAUCCAGACAUAACUCCCCCAGGUUUUGCUUCGCUAGUGUUCGCGGCGAAAUCAGCAUUGUUUAACAAGGCUCAAAUAAAGACGUGCACUCAGGAAGAUCCCUCUUUAAUUUCAAAAGCCAGGGUUCGGUACCACAGCAAUAUGAGCUCUGCUGGGUGUGUGGUCACCAACCAUUGCGCCCCACCACUAUGCCUCUGCAACGUUGCCUCAGGUUUAAAUGUGCAGUAAGUAUCCACACUAAGACGGUUUCUGUUCGAACUCAAAGUAACAAAGGCGGUGAAAUUCAUUUUUUUAUUUCAUGUGCUGUUUGUUGUGUACAGUUAAGAUGAAUGAAUGGUUUGUAUUUUGAGAUUUGUACUGUACGACUGGUAAACAGACUGGCACUAUGAAUGAUUUAUAUGUCAGUUGCUUAAUGGUCAAUAAACGGAUGCAGCCGAAA